AUGAAAUAGAGGUCCUCAAAUUUGAAGUAUGAAUUCAUCUGUGUUCAUAUUUGCUAGAUUUAAAAUUUACAUCAUGAGAAGCAAAAAGCUUUCAAUCAAAUUAAUGAGUAAAGCAUUGAGAAUGUAUUCGAGAAGAAGUAUCAACACUAUCUAAAGGAGAGUCUCAAGAAAGACUCAAUUAAUAUAGAGUUCCAAAACAAGCUUAGCUACUGGUCUGCUUAAGAAGAACUUAAAGUCUAGUCUCUUAUAAAGGAAGCAAAUAAGAAAAGAAGAAAUGAUAUUCAAAAAUUCUAAGAUUUCUUACAAAAUAUCAGUAAAAUUCUAAAUGAAAAUAUCAGUCCAUAAUCACUUCACUCUACAUCCUAAAAAGGCACAGAACUUUAACCAGCUAAAAUUACAGUCAAGGAAGUUGAGGAUAUAAGUGAUUAACUUUAAGAAAAUCCCACAGUAUUAAUGAAUCCUGGCAUAGAUGACUAUGACUCCCUGCCAUACAGCACCUAAAACCUUUCUGCUUACUAGCAAUUUUUCAAAAGAACUGGUCUUUCUGUAUUAAAUCUUGCUUCAGAUGAGUUGAAUUUCUUAAACACUCAAGAAAAUAUCAAGAACAUAUUGCGAGAAAAUCUACAUUCAUAAUAGAAUACUUAGUCCUAAUCUAGAUUGUCAAGUACCCAGUAUAAUACCCCUAAAAAUUUCUCAAAUCAAGUGAAUAAAAAGAGAUAACUAAAUAGAGAUGAUAACAAGGAAAAUAUUUUACUUUUGAAUAAUUUUAGGACUAACCCUAAUCCUUUAAAGAAGUCUGUCUCAAAAGAAAACAUUAAAACAAUGGGUAAACCUAAAAAAGCAGCUAUAUUAGUAAACUCAUCAAGUCCUGGCGAGAAAAUGGAGCAGUCUAAUAAGAUCUAGAGAGUAAAUAAUUUUAUUCAUAACUAGAAUGCAAUGCUUAGGAAAAUACUUUCACCUGACAUCACUCCUCCACUAUCUGAUGAAGAGCUUGAUAACAAUCAUCAUGGGCUAUAUCAAAGUGAAUGUGUCAGAGACACCUUUGAGAAUAAGGAGCAUGAUCGUAUCAAUAAGCCAAAUGCAAUUACGUAGUUUAAGGUUAAGAGGCAACAAGUUGAUGAAAAAUAAUAUUCGACUAAUUAAUCGAAUAAGGUUGAUGAACUUUUGAAGGAGCUUCUCUAAGCAAUAUAGAUAGGCAUUUAAUAGCUUUCAAAUAAACUGAGGAAAAUGAAGGCUAAGACUCAUAAUGAAAAAUUUAAGCUCGAUGUCGGUUGUUUUAAUCAAUAAUUCAGUUUAAAUGAGACAAAUGAGCAGAUAGCAUAAGAUCUUUUGAGGUGCUCAACGGCAAGCUUGACAGAUAAAGAAGCAAUUACUUAGUAUUUCUAUAAAAAAUUGGAAAAUAGCAAACCUAAUAAUAAUGUUAAUGUCGACGACCUACUCAAAGUUACAUUUAUUGAAAAUCAAGACUAAGAUUAAUCAUCACUUUCAUGUCUAAGGAAUGUGGAGUUAGGAUCCUAGCUCUAAAUACAAUAUAUCCAUACCCCUGAUAAAUAAGAAGAAGGGGAGUAGAUAGUAUUGCAGACAUUAUCAAAUGAACAUUAACUAUAUUCAGAAAAUGCUCUUAACAAUGCUUAGAGUUUUAGUUUAAUGACUGAAGAGAAAAAUGGGAAGCAUACAUAUGGGUAAUCUUUUAUUAAUAUCCUUGAAGAUUUCAAAUCACAGCAAGAGAAAUCACCUCAAACCUAUAAUACUUAAAAUGAUCAAAUCUUGUUUUCACAAUAAAAACCUAAUAACUAAAAUAUGAUACUUGCCUGUUCCCCCAUUAAUCUUUAGUAACUGCACAGCGGAAAUAUCAGCUACAAUGAGGAUAUUAAGGCGUUCAUCAGCAAUAAUGAUUCUUAGAUUUUCAGUGUAAAAAGAAAGCUUAAUAUGAAUAAAAAUGCAAUCACUGAAGGACUUAAAACUGAUUUAGAUGAUCAAUCUUUUAUGUUUGGGGAAACCUUUGGAAAUAACAAUAGUCGCCAAUAAGAUGAUGAUGAAGAGCACAGCUAAAAUAUAAUUAUGCUAAGGAAACAAAUUUCAAAUAAGAGUAACUAUUAGGACAAGCUUUAGAUCCAAAGCUUCCUUUAGAACUACAAUUCCAUAAGUGGUGGCUUAAUUAACAUUGAAGGCAAAUUAGACAAUGACUACAGUGAUUCAUAGUCAUCAGUCCUCUCCAAUAACUUAGUUUAGCAAUUCAAUGAUUAAAACAUCAACUUCCAAAACUUCUUCGUUUAUUAGAACUGUGAUGACAGCUCUUAGUUAAAGAUAUCAAUCAGAAAGAGUAUCGCCUAACCACCUUCAAGUAGAUCAAACAACAGAUACAUUAACUUUGAAUCCUACAUGGAAAUUGAGGAACAUGAUUAAAGUGAUAGAGAGGUUGAUAUCACCUGUAUAGUCAACCCUUCUUUCAAAGAAAAGUAAAAUUAAAGUCAAGAUGAAUAUGGAAUAGCCUCUAUUAAAGAGGAUUAAAAAACUUCUUAUGUCUCUUGCAACGUAAGAAAUGAUAGUCUUGAUCACAGCAUGAUUUAGACAGAGCAUCAAAUUCUCGGCAUCUCCCCUAACUUUAGUUUGAAGGAAAAUAUCAAUCCAAACAACUUCAAAGCUCAGAGUAAGAUCUUGAUGUUCAAGAGACCUCUCCAAGGUUAAAACAAUAAUGCAAAUUAAUAACUAUGA